UUUUGUGAUAGUGACUCUUGUGUUCGUUUGUUUUAUGAAUAAACGUCUGUUUAGAACGAUGUAUUAGUGAAAAAAAAGGAAAAUUUCAUCAAUCUAAGACGCUUAACUUAUAUUAAAUAAGUUGUUUUUUAUCUUAAUUAAAUUUAAAAAGUUUAGUGUAUACUUUGAAAACAAUGUCUGCAAGAAAGAGAGGGAUGCAAGUUACGGAUUCAAAGGAUGAGAAACGACAUUCCAGAAACUGUAGUGUUAAAAAGGGUCCUGGACAAUAUGAAGAGCCAGACGUUGUGAGUUCGAGCGAUGACGAACAAAUAAAUGAAGUAAAUGAAGAGAAUGAAGAGAAAGAAGAAAAAAUUGGCAAAGAUAAAACUUUGCAACUUAUUCUAGCAGUUCGUAAACGUCAGGCAUUGUGGGAUAAUCGACUUACAAAAGUGGAUCGAAAUGCUGCGAUACUGUUGAAAUUAUGGACCGAAGUCGAUGAAGAAUUAGGAGCGGAACCUGGUUCGUCAAAGACAACAUGGUCCAUUACUCGUCAUAAAUUUAGUGCUGAAAGACGUAGAGUUGAAAGUGGACAUCCUACCAAUUGGCAAUAUUAUCCUAAUCUUAGUUUUCUCAUUGCGACUCGUCCUUCAUCAGUUACAAAUACAACAUCACCGCAAACAUCGAGUUUACUAAUUGCAGAGCCAAGUGUUCGUCAACAACCAAAGAAAAAAAAAGCGGCGGUGAAUCAUCAAGUUAUUGAACAUUCAACGCAAAUAAUUCCAGUACCCGUUUCACGUGGACCAGUUAAAAAUAGUAGGCAAUCAGUUUUUAUGACAGCAACAAAUUCCAUUGACGAAAGAAUGAAACGUGAAUUAUCAAUUGAAACAUCAGAUUCAGAAGUUGAUGUUGUCGAAGAGAUAAAUAUGAGAAAUGGUUCAUUAUUGCAAAGGCAUAUGGACAAUCCAAUGUCAUAUAAAAGAGUUUGCAUUCGACAAAUGCAACAAACGCAAGUGCAAAAUAUUGACGAGGAUGAUGAGGACGAUGAAAUUAAACGCUUUUGUUCAUAUCUUGAAGUAAUGUUAAGAAAAAUGCCAAAAACAAAUCAAGAAUUAUUUUGCGAAGAGACAUUGGACAAUCUUGCUAAUAUGAAUCGUAAAUUGAGAAGAUCUAAUUAUUAAAAUAUAAACUUUAGAUAAGAUGUAAAAAAAAGAGUAUUUUAUUAUAAUAUCACAGUACAAAAAAAUUACAUUCUUUUUCUUUUUUUUUUUUAUAAAUUUUUUUUUUUAUAAAUAUAUAUUUUUAUACUUCGAAAAAAAAAAUGAAUACUUUACAGAAAUGCACUUACAAUCAAAGAAAUGUGCAUUUUAAGAUAUUUUAGUGCUGUUUUAUUUAAUCAAGAUUAAGAGAAUUUUUUUUUUUUUUUUUAUUUUGUUUUGAAAUAACAAAGAAAAGCUUGUAAACAGUCUAGUGUGUAUUCAUUUGUAAUAAAGAUUGUUAAAGUUUA